AUGGCAUCUGACAGCUUCCUAUCCCUGAAGGUCUCUGAUCUGGAGAUCCUGUCGUACGAGAAUGCUGAGACUUGGUUUACCAAGAUGCAAGCAGUCCUUGAUGGGAAGGAGAUCUGGUACCCAGUUCAAGACAUCUACCUGAUCCGCCAGGGCUUAGACCCAUUACCUGAUGUUGAUGAAGAUGAUGAAUUCUUCCUACCUCCAUGA